GGGACUGUGAUCCAAACUCACUGCAACAAACUGGCACCAGUUGGUAAACAUAGGCUUUCGGUUAUGUGACUGGAGACCACCAUAAAAAAUAGGCUAUGAGCGAUAACGACAUCCUCGAGAUGGACUCCGUGUCUGACAGAGAGGAGCUGGAGGGGAGUGUUAAGUCGGGCAUGAUUGGCGAGGAAGUGGUUUACCCUGAGGAAUUUUUACCAACAUAUCAUACGAUUCAAGAAGGAGCAGGGUUAGUCAAAGCACAGCUGGCAGAGUUUAACCACAAGCCCGACUCCUUAUUCUUCAAUGAUGGUGUGAGACGGAUCGACUUCAUCCUGGUCUAUGAAGAUGAGGACAAGAAGGAGUAUGCGAAAAGGCACGAAUAUCAGAGGCACAAGAGACGCCGGGAGUUCUUUCAGGCCAGUUUGAUGAAUAUGGGAAUGGAGCUGGAAGCCACACAAUCUGUAUUAGAUGAGAAACUGAUGUUUGUGAAAGUCCACAUGCCAUGGGACACGCUAUGCACCUAUGCAGAGGUCCUGCACAUCAAGCUCCCUAUCCAGCCCAGUGACAUGUCCUCUCAGGCAUCCCCGUGGCACUUUUUAUCCUGCAUCACCAAACACUUUUACCCCAAUGAAAAGAUGAUCAGCAAGGAGACCGAGUACUUCACUGCCCCCUUUGAAAAAGACCGUCUGGAGUACUUCUACAUAAAGGACAAGGAUAUCUUCUUCGCUCCAUCCGUGAGAAGCAGGAUGGCAAACUACAUCCUGAGUCGUGCCCCUUAUGAAAUAAGAGGAAAUAUAAAAAAGUUUGGCAUCAACAAACUUCUGGAUGGAGGAGUGUACAAAGCUGCCUAUCCCCUCCAUGAUUGCAGGUUCAAUGUCAAGUCCAAAGAGGCGGGCUGCCCUAAUGAGAGAUUUCUGCUCUACCAUGAAUGGGCUCAUCCGAAAAGCUUCUACAAGAUGCAACCGUUUGACCUCAUAAGGAAAUAUUAUGGGGAGAAGAUUGGCAUUUACUUUGCCUGGUUAGGUUUCUACACGUCAAUGCUCGCUUGGGCUGCUGUUGUGGGACUAGGUUGCUUCAUUUAUGGAUACAAAACUCAAGAAAGCAGCACAUGGAGCAAAGAGGUGUGUGACCCUGAGAUUGGAGGACAAAUAGUGAUGUGUCCACAGUGUGAUGAGUAUUGCAAAUACUGGAGGUUAAACACCACAUGUGAAGCGUCAAAAAACCUUUGCAUAUUCGAUAACUUUGGAACCCUAGUAUUUGCAGUUUUCAUGUCAGUCUGGGUAACUUUGUUCCUGGAGUUUUGGAAGCGUCACCAGGCGAGGCUGGAAUAUGAGUGGGACACUGUGGAGUUUCUUGAGCAGGAAGAACAGCCUCGACCAGAAUAUGAGGCCAAGUGUAUCUAUGAGAGGAAAAACCCUGUCACAGGGGUGAAAGAAAAAGUGCCCUAUACAAAAUGCGGACGAUGUGUUCGGGUGUCAUUAGGAACGGGUACAGUCCUAUUCUGGAUUAUGUUGAUCUUGGCAUCCAUUGUGGCCAUCAUUGUCUACCGCCUGGCCGUCUUCAUUGCCUUCUCAACUAGCCUCAGAGCUCAGGGGCCGAAAGAGUUGGAGCCGCUAAAGGAGUACGUGACACCUCAGAUGGUCACUUCUGUCACAGCCUCCGUCAUCAGCUUUGUCAUAAUUAUGAUCCUCAAUAUUCUCUAUGAGCGAGUCGCCAUCUGGAUCACUGACUUUGAGCUUCCACGGACAAGGACUGACUACGAGAACAGCUUAACCCUGAAGAUGUUCUUCUUUCAGUUUGUCAACUAUUACUCCUCAUGUUUCUACAUCGCCUUUGCAAAAGGGAAAGUAGUGGGCUAUCCUGGAAAACCUGUCUAUUUCAUGGGGAAAUACCGCAACGAGGAGUGUGACCCUGGUGGUUGUCUGCUUGAGCUGACAACUCAGCUCGCUGUCAUCAUGGGUGGAAAAGCUAUCUUGAACAAUGUCCAAGAGGUCUUGAUACCGUGGGUGAAGAAUUUGGCUUUACGCCACUGCACCCGUGCAACCUCAGAGGAUGUGAUUCCUCGCUGGGAACAGGACUACCAGCUCCAGCCCAUUUCAAAACUAGGGCUGUUCUAUGAAUAUCUUGAGAUGGUCAUCCAGUUUGGCUUUGUGACCUUGUUUGUGGCCUCCUUCCCUCUUGCCCCAGUCCUGGCUCUGAUCAACAAUGUGAUUGAGAUUAGGCUUGAUGCUUGGAAAAUGCUCACUCAGUUUCGUCGCUUUACACCAGAGAAGGCCCAGGAUAUAGGGGCCUGGCAGCCCAUUCUUCAGGCCAUCACCAUCAUGGCUGUUGCAACAAAUGCCAUGAUCAUUGCUUUUACAUCAGACAUGAUUCCACGGUUGGUCUACUACUGGUCUUUCUCUGUGUACCCAUAUGGAGAAAACACUAAUCACACCAUGCAGGGCUACAUCAACAGCUCCCUGUCUAUCUUCAACACCAGCGAUUUCUCUGAUGAUAGCAAACCCCUUGAAAGUUACAACAUCACCACCUGCAGGUAUCGGGAUUUUCGAUAUCCUCCGGGGGACCCAAGGCAGUAUGAGUACAAUACCUACUACUGGCAUGUGAAUGCUGCCAAAAUGGCUUUCAUAAUUGUUGUUGAGCACAUUGUUUACUUUACCAAGUUUGUCCUGUCUUACAUAAUCCCUGACGUCCCAUACACUGUCAAAGAACAGAUAAAACGAGAGAAAUACUUGACCCAAGUUAUCCUCCAUGAGACCAACCUCAAGCUGGUGACCAAACGCAUGAAACCGAUCGAUGAUGACGUUAGCGAUCACACAGAGGACAACACGUCAAAGCAAGAAUUUGAGUUCGGUUUCUGACAUGGCAACCCACAUCUGUUUAGAUACUGACCAACACAUUGUGAACCAGUCAAAAAAAUAAGACCUGAAACAAGGUAUGGACUUCUGUUAUGGAAACUGUGUAACAAACAGUAAGAAAAAAGAGGUUUGAGAUUUCUUAAGAGAAAGACAGGAGAAAUCACUGUCAUCCACUCUUCACCCUUCCUAACCACUAUCCUCACACUCUGGACUUCCUAUAUUGUGUUUGACUCAUGUCAGGCCAGUGACAGCUGACAGUGCCACUGCAGAAACCUGGGGUGAGGCAACCAACCUAUUGAUAUAGCAGUCUUUUGCACACCUUUAUCAAUAUGUUUGGGCUCGGAAUCUGAUAAUUUAUCAAAUUUGAAUCCAGUAUUGAAACUUAAGUUGUAGCUGUUGAUCAUUUAAAGAACUUGUCAGUUUGCAUUUAGACUCUAAAACUCAAACAAUGACAUUAAGAGAAAUUAGACUUUAGCAAGUAGAUUACAUAUUUACCUAAAUGCUUGUUUGGGUGUUUUAUGUAUUGAUUUUUGCAACCUGAUGUGGAUGUUAAAGCGUAAGGAAACUGGGAUGUGAAAUCAGCACCUUAUACUGUGAGACUUAAUUCUUACUAGACACGUCUUUCUGGAUGUUUCAACUAUGUCACAUGGUCUUGAUUAGCAGGUGGAUAUUUGUUCAGUUGUCAUAGAUAAAGAUCAGUUAGCAUGUGAACUCAGUAGCUGAUAAGAUUUCAUCCAUAGUGUCUGUAGGACUUCUCAAUCAUGUUAGCUUAAAAGUUAUAGUAUGUUGAAUGCUCAGGAAAAAGCUAUUAAGUAGAUCUUGAGUUUCUUUUUUUGGGGUCAAAAACGUUCUAUUUUAAUUUAGCUGCAUCACCCUGCAGCACUGGGACUGUUAGUGUCCUACUCCAUCCACUGAGCUACAUGCCGGGGAGCUCGAAAUUUUCACAUCCAUUAUGGUAUUAUUAGUAGUAUUAUAGUUUAAUCAUUACACCAAAUGCUGCUCAGUUCAGUAAUGAAAAUUAUUAAUCAUGGCGGCAUGGGGUGGUAUAAUUGAUGUGAGUGUAGUCUGUCUCUUUAUGCAUGUACUCACAUCUACUGUUUUGUCCUGUGCUGUGACAUUUUGACUGUUACAUCCUGUGAUAUAUGCAGUACAGUAGUUUAAGCUUCUUCUGUGUAAUUGCUGACACGACCUUUACCUUUGCUAUAUUUUUAUCUUGCAUUGCUCUUGUAUGAAAAAAUAUCAUAUGCCACAAUAUCUGGUUGUGUUGUCUUUGUAUUUUAUGUAGUGCCAUUAAAUAGGGUUUAUAAAACAUUUUUCCCUCAUGUUUAAAUAAACUACCAUUGUGUGUUUUAUUAAAUGUGAGCUCUGCCUUUUGCCUCUGAUGUUGUCAGUAGAAUGCUU